AUCCCGGUACUUUCCUUCGGUGUCGUGAGAAGAAUAAAUAUCGAGGUGGGAUGCAAACACCGCAACAACCGCCCCGGAGGAGAGAAGAAACGGAGCAUCGUAACGCCUCCGUAUCCGCCGACCCGAUACGACGUCACGCCACCACUCCUCUAGUCCCCUUCCACGAGAGGGCGAGAUAGAGCAGGUCGGAGCGGGAGAGAUCGCUUCUCUCUCCUCCUCGGAUCUCGGGGCGAGUGAUCCGUCUUCAAGAUCCACGCGCUCGGAUACUUUGGAUCGCCGGCCCGACCGUCGAUUGCUCCGCCGCCGCUUCCGGAUUCCAAAUCGUUGCGGGAAUCGAUCGCGACGUCGAUCCGCGGAGGUAUUCGUGAUCGAAAAGGAAACAGUACAAUUGCAGGAAUUUCAACUGGGCUUUUACGACAGGGCUUGAUAAUUUAAUUGCUGUGCUUUUGCGUUUUAAGGUGGUUGAUGAGGGGACUGCAGUGUUGAUUGCGAUUUGUUUAGGGAGAGUUAGUUCAGAUGCAGUCAAAUCCAGAAGACGCUCUCCAUAAAAUUAAGAAGGCAUAUUCCAAAUCCCCACAACCUUCGAAAUGUAGUCGUAAAAGGUCAUUGAAUGGUGCUGAAGUUGAUGCAGAGAGCAGUGGUGAUAAAUCUAUUGAAAGUGCUUCAAAGCAGUUAGUACUUUACAAUCCUGGUACAGGUGAUGCAGGUCAAGAUGCUCUUGCAGUUACUGAUUACACAGAGAAUCAUAUCUCGUCAUUCCAAAAUUUCAUGGCACCAAAUUCUUCUAGUCGAGUUCUGCCAUCUGUUGGGGCAUUCACUGUCCAAUGUGCUGCAUGUUUUAAAUGGAGGCUGAUUCCAACAAAAGAGAAGUAUGAAGAAAUUCGUGAAACUAUCUUGCAAGAACCUUUUGUAUGUGAACGAGCUCGCGAGUGGCGGCCUGAUAUAUCAUGCGAAGAUCCAGAAGAUAUAUCUCAGGAUGGUAGUAGACUCUGGGCAAUUGAUAAACCUAACAUCGCUCAACCACCUCGUGGCUGGGAAAGGUUGCUUAGAAUCAGAGGUGAAGGAAGCACUAGAUUCGCAGAUGUGUAUUAUGUGUCUCCGUCUGGGAAGAAACUGCGGUCAAUGGUUGAAGUUGAGAAGUAUUUGAAGGAACACCCAGAGGAUGGUAUCAAUAGAUCUCAGUUUUCAUUUCAGAUCCCUAAACCUCUGCAAGAGAAUUAUGUGAGAAAACGUUCUUCACGUGUAAUGAAUCCUUGUGAUAGUGCUGGUUUGGGAUUGCCAAGGCCCCUUGAACCUGAAGAAGUGAAUCCUCUAUCUUGGGCGGCUCCCCCUACUCAGAAGGAGCUUCAGAGUGGUGGAAUAGGUUCAUCGAUUCCUUAUUAUGAGGGGCCUGGUUGUUUCCCUCUGAAUGAACCAGCACCCUUGCCUUCAGCAAAGAAGAAAACAACCAAGUCUUCAUCCAGGGAUAUGUGCAAUAGUUCUGUUUGUGACCAGCCGAAGAUAAAGUUAGAAGAUGCUUAACAACCAAGAAAUGCCUCUUCCUAUGAGCUGUACUUCACCGUCUCCUCUACCUUGCUGCUGUGUUUGUGAUGCUAUUUGUUUUCUUUUCCUCUAGGGUAGCAAAGGGCGUUAUAGGUAUAUAACUUAAUAGGCAGGGAGAAUAUGCCUUUUUUUGUUAGCUUGGUUCUGGAAUGCACAAAGUUUUGCCAAAGAAAGAUACCAACAUAUAUGAUAUCCCGAGUAUGAAUGGGAUUACAGCAAUUUAAGUUACCUUUCACUGUUCCUGAGCUGCUUGUUGGUUGGGUGGCUGGAUGAUAACUUUGAUGGUUCUUGUUUUUAAGAGCAUCGGAUUUUCUUUUCUCUGGGGCCACUUUGAACUGCAGAACAUGGGUUAAAAGAAAUGCUAUUGUUUAGCAUUUUGCAUUGAAGAACACGAUAUUGAAUGUCCCGAUCCACUUAUGUCUAUUUACCUAUGCAACAUGCAGGCGAAAAUAGUAAAGUUGUAGCAGAAGUGAGAAUUGAAAAGAAUUUUGCUGGCUUUACACUUUCACAGGCUCCAACUGAUUUUAGCUCAUUACAUGUAUGUAAGAAGUAUGGAUAGCUCUGUAUUUUAUCAGAUUAAAGAUUGUUCUUUUGUUAUUGGCAU